AUGGCCAGCAUCUCCGGCACAGUGGAGGUGGGGUCCUUCACCUUUGUGUUGCAAGGCAUCCCAGGGCUGGAGGAAUACCACCCGUGGUUCUCUCUGACGGUUUGCACGGGCUAUGUGAUCAUUAUUGCUGGGAAUUCUAUCAUUUUACUAGUCGUAGUAUCAGAAGCAGCCCUCCACAGGCCCAUGUACUACUUCCUCUGCAUGCUGUCCGCUAUUGACUUAGCAGCCACGACCUCUACAUUGCCCAAGAUGCUUUCCAUCUUCUGGUUCCAGGCUGGGGAGAUCCAGUUUAACACGUGUUUGGCCCAGAUGUUCUUCAUCCAUGCUUUGUGUAUGAUGGAGUCAGCGGUGCUGCUGGCCAUGGCCGUGGAUCGCUACGUGGCCAUCUGCUUCCCUCUCAGGUACAAUUCUUUCUUCACCGGCUCCCUGGCUGCCAAGAUGGAGGUAGCAGCUGUUGUCAGGGCGACCCUGCUGAUGUGGCCAUGUCCUUUCCUGAUCAAGAGGCUGACCUUCUGCCGGACAAACGUCAUCCACCACACCUACUGUGAGCACAUGGCUGUGGUGAGGCUGGCCUGUGGAGACACCAGGAUCAACAGUGUUUAUGGGCUGAGUGCGGCCUUGGUGGUCAUUGGGGGGGACCUUCUAGGCAUUGGCCUCUCCUACUUCUUCAUUGUCCGUGCAGUGCUGCGCCUUUCCUCCAAGGAGGCCAGGCUGAAAGCUUUUGGCACGUGUGGCUCCCACCUCUGUGUCAUCACAAUCCUAUACAUCCCAGCACUCUUCUCCUUUCUUACUCACCGCUUUGGCCACAACGUGGCUCCCCAUGUUCACAUCCUGCUGGCCAACCUUUACCUUCUUGUUCCUCCCAUGUUGAAUCCCAUUGUCUACGGAGUGAGGACCAAGGAGAUUCGGGAACAGGUGAUUCCAGUGCUCCUCCCAAACAAGGCCAUGGUCAAACCUAGAACUCUCUGAACCAGCUCCCGGAA